AUGGAUCUUAUCAAUGGUUUUCGUCGAUCGGUAGCGAAAGGAGAGCAAGAAGGUAAAGACGGCGCGACACUGCCAACGGCAGUGAGUAUGAAUCAAUUGACAUGGAAUUGCGAUAUAGAAGCAGAAGCACAGGCUGCUGCUAAGACUUGCCCCGAUACGAUCUCACCUCUACCCGCGUUCCAAACCAAGGGUUAUACUCUCGGCCAUAUAAUUCUAAAGGGCACAAUCAAAGCUAACAACUGUGACCCUGUCAAAACAGCAAAAGAUUUGCUGACUGAAAAAUGGAAGGAGGCAGUUGCAGAACAGCCGAAUAACACGCUAGUGAAGGGAGAGAAAGUGUUCUCUCAGCUUGCCUACGAGAAAGUCGAUGCAUUCGCAUGCACAUACCAAAUUUGCCAAGCGACAAGCUACUACCUCCUAUGUUUCUUCAACCAGAAAGCACCCACCAAAGGCGAUGUCUAUACGGCAGAUGCGAAGGGUAAAUACUGCAGUAAUGCGACCAUCUGCACUUGCGUGGAUGGACUUUGCGAAACAACCCCUGAAUCAGUGCUUUUCAAGUCUACAUUUUGCGGAACCACUGCCUGUACAGGCAAGUUUUCGGACAAUUUUAGACGAACUGCACUGGAAAUGCACAACUACUACAGACGCCUCCUUGCUACAGGAUGGGCGAAAUCUGGCGAAAACUAUGCAAAACCAGCUACAAAAAUGAUUGAACUGCAAUAUGACAAGGAUCUUGAAGACAAGGCUAUAAAGAAGAUUAAGAACUGCGCCUCAAGUUUAAGCAGUACAGUCGGAGAAAACUUCUGGAGCAAAGAAGUCACCGCAACCAACAAUAUUGGUGAAGACGGCAUUGAAAAGGCGGUGGCUAGUUGGUGGAAGUCUUUUGAAAACAAGGGCUUCGGAGACGACCUCAAGAAUAAAAAGAGUGUCAUAUCCGCCGCAAACAUAGCAUUCGACGGCGCCACCAAGGUUGGUUGUGCUAUAGAUGUUGGAGCAGCUUGCCUGAAACUCGGAAAACUAUAUAUUAUGUGCAUGUACGACAAGUCACCUGCAGUUGAUGAUGUCAUCUACGAAGCUGGGAAUAAAGCGUGUUCGAAGUGCGCUAGCACUGGUACCACUCCGGUGUGCUCUCCCUUGGGUGGAUUGUGCGUCGCAGCAUCGUAA